AUGAGCAACCGGAACCCCAGUGCAAACUACCAGCAGGGCGGGCAGCCCCCUCUUCCGGGACAGAAUGCGUACGGACAGACACCAGAGCAGGCGGCCGCUCAUGCCGCUGCGUGGGCAGCCUACUACCAGUCCCAGGGCAUGACUGCUCCUCAGGCGCAUAGCGCACCAACAACCCCCGCUCAGGCUCCUCCAGCUGGUGCCCCCGCCGCUCAGAAUCCCUACGCAAACUAUGGAUAUGGUGCAGGCGCUCAGCAUAACAAACCGCAGCCACCUGCCGCUGGUCCUUCCCAGCAAUCGUAUAGACCACCGGCAAGCAACCAGGCGUUCGCCACUGCGUCUACCCAGCCUUCUCUGGGGUACCCACAGCAACAGGCAUACCCUGCUCAGCCACAGUAUCCUCAGGUAGGGUACCAGCCCGGUCGACCGCCCUACCAACAACCUGCUCCGCCAGCUCAGCAGCCGUAUGCUUGGCAGGCUGGACAGCAACCUCAGAUACAGCCUGGACAGCCGGCCUACCGCCCCCCUGCCCAGCCUCAGCAAUCUUACCCCAGCUAUGCGGCCCAGCCGGCAGGACCUUACUACCCUCCGGCUCAGCCUCAACCUGCCCCUUAUACGCCUCCCCAGCCCUCUGUACAGUCGCCUUAUCGCCCUCCUAUGGGCGGCCCCAAUAUGUCGUCACCCAUGCAAUCGCAGCCCACGCAAUUUCGCCCCCCUGCACUGCUAGGCAACCAAGGCAGACCGCCUCGCCCACCCAUGAACAACCAGCCUGGUGGAGGAGGCGGAGGAUUCCCGCCUGCAAAGAGACCGAGGUUCGAUGGACCAGGCGGAGGAGGAAACAAGAUGACCCAAGGCCGACCGCCCAACAACGGACCACAGGGUCCCCCGAUAGGCCAACGCAAUGUAAGUCGUCCCAACCUCCCCAUCAACCGGCCGCCUAUCCAUCUCGGCGCCGGUCCUCCACUUGCUUCGGGCCCUGGUGGUCCAAGUGGAGUGUUUGUGCCUCCCUCUGGUCCUGGUCAGCCGAAAGCUGGGCCGAUGCGAGGCAACGACAGUCGAAGAGGCAGAGGUGGUAUGAUGAAUGCUCCUCGGGCUCCAGCAACGAUGCGUCGCCCCGAUGGUUCUUUCGCGCCUUCAGCUUUCUCCAAGGGUGUCGCCCCGGGUGCUGGGAAGAAUUUGUUUGACAAGCGGGGUAACAAGAAGAUUGGUGGGGCUGUACAGGGGAAGGAUACGGUCAAGGCGACGAUGACUGAUUGGAGGAUUGUGGGUAUCGAGAUGAAAGGGCUGGGAUGGGCUUGGGGAAUCGUCGACGGGCAGAAGGCCGAGGCCGAAAGCGAGGUCAAAGUGGAAGGGCAAGAGCCUGUUGUAAACACGAAUGGCGAGGCUCAGGCCAAGGUCGAGCUCACAGAAGCCGAGCCUGCCAAACCUAUUGAAAGCGCCUCUGCUCUUAUUCCUGCUGUUGAAUCCUCAGAAUCCGCUCCUGUCAAAUCUGAGCCUUCAUUGGAACCUCAGACAGAGACCUCUCUGGCCUCCAAGGCCGAAAGCGAGGCCGCCAUUGCAGCGGCCGUUGCGGAAGAGAGCGAAAAGGAAAAACGCGGCGAAAAACGCAAAGCAAAGAGUCCUGAUACUGACGAACACCACUCAGCUAAGCGCUCAGUCCCCUUCAAACCGACGACUUCUGUUACCGCAGAUCUUGCUCUUCCUCCCUCUGCAUCGGCUGCCACCACUCCUCAGCAGGUUUCGCAAUCUACAAGUGAAUCUCCCGUAAGGACCACAGACGAUAUCGCGAAAGAUCUCCUUGCCAAAUACGAAAACAACUCCAACAGACUCAGGAUCUACUUUGACUCGCCCCCCGAACUCGACCGAGCGCCCAAGGUCAAGAAGACGCCUGUCAAGGACAAGGAGGGUCAGGAAGGGAGGGGUAACAAGCGAUUCAGGAGCGUCAGUGUUUCUGCCUCUGUGGUCGAGGAGAAGGAAAGAGAUGAGGCACAGGGUGAGGAGGAGCUCAGUGUGGAGGCUGCAGUGCCAGCUCAGGAGCAAAAUGAGACCGAGCAGGGUGACGAUCAAGCACAAGAAGACGUCGAUCGUAGCUUGGGAUUGGGCGAGAACGUCCUUGCCACUUCCAAUAUCAAUGAUACUGCAAAUGGCUCUGCAGCCGUCGCCACUCCCGAUAUCCACAACACGGCAGAUCUUCAGGCAUCAGAGGAGCAGCCUAUAGCAGAGCUGCUGCCAGAACAUGUCGAGUAUCCUGCUCCUCUUGCGGAGGAAACUCAUGCAAAGGUCGAGGCCAAGGAGGAAGUGGGUGAUGGUGAUGUGUCCAUGCGGACGGAAAAGGGCGCUGGUCUCGCAGAUUCCACAGCUGUAGACCCAUUGCAGGCGGAGAUGGUCGAAGGAUCUUUACCUGGCACGUCUGGGGUGAACGGAGACUCAAUGACACCAGAACCUGUCGAGAAAUCUGCUGCUGAUGCUGCCGAGUCUACCGAAUCCCAGAACGAGGGCAAGAGCAAGACAAACGAGGAGGUGGAGCAGUCCGCCGAUGACAAAGAGCACGGUAUUGAUGAAGAGGAUAAAGCAGCCAAAGACGCCAAAGACGUAUCUGAAGCAGCCGUCGCCGCAGCCGCCUUGGCCGAGUCUGCCACCAAUGCCGCGUCAGCCUAUAAAUCCCGUGCCCGUCGACACUCGUCCCUCUCCACAUCCUCACACGCUCCUGCCGAGAGACAUCUCAAAUUUGCCAACGCAGCGAGCCCAGGGGUGAGUUGGAAUAGACUGUCGGUCGUGUGGGAACAAUCGACGAGGAGGUUAUGUUUUGAUGCGGAGGUGGUAGAGAAGGUAAGGAUAUGGAGGCAGGAGGGAAAGAUUGAGGUGGAGUUGAAGGAGGAAAGUGCGGGCGAGUGGAAGGGACUGCCGAAAGGGAUAAUGAUGGAAUUGUACAGCCCGUCAGAGCAACGCUUCCUUCCAUACACCUCGCCUUCUGAUGACCCCUCCGUUCCACCCCUUCACCUCAUAUCGUCCACCCUCGCAAACACCAACUCUCCUGUCGUUGUGACUGUACACCUCAAUACAAAAAAUGCGCUGAGCGAGCCAAAGUGGUUAAAGUCAAAUCAGGCGGACGCUUGGUUGUUCGAGCAGUUUGAGAGCAGAAAGGGCGUUGAUGCAGGGUGGCGGGGCAAAUUGGAGGUCAUGGACCCGGAUCCUGCGCCUACGCUGCCAGGUAUACUGGACGGCUGGGCUAGCAGCUGCACUCUAGGCACCCCUUCCUCUCGUCGCGCGUUCACAUCCUUCCUCUCGUCCUCUCCGGAUGAUCUUCUUGAGAUCCUCCUUCGCCUUGGGCGUGGCGACCGUAAUCCCACCCUCGGGUCAUCGUCUUCGCCAUCUUUCGGCCCUCUUGCCACCCUCAUUCGCCCCGACUCGCCUUUUGCCAACCAUCAGACUCACGUCAGUCUGGCCAUUUUGGCCAUGUAUAGGCUAACGACGGACAUGGCGGAGAAGGCAGGGGAGAAGAAGGAGGCGGUGGAGGAGAAGGUGGGAGAUAUCAUUAGGAGCUUGCCGGGUGCUUUGGUCGCCAAGUCGUUGGAUGGCUUGUUCAGAGAAUGGCAGGGGUAA